AUGGAUUCCGAUAUACGCCUCGAUAGUAAAGACUGUUUAUACGGUGAAGAUUUUUUGGAUCAUCUCACCAAUGAGUAUCAUUGGCCCUCUGUAUUAGAUGUGACUGAUGCUACUCCCAGCGAAAUAUUAGCUGAUGCAGCACCAGUUCUCGUACCUGCUAUAUCACCAGAUCUGAGUAUCAAAUCUUCUCCCAAUGAGAGCAGUAAUUCUGAUUCUAGCAGUGAUGAUGAUUCAAAAAAGUAUUACAAAUAUACGAGACACCUGUCGCAAUCUCCAUCUGAUUAUAAUUCUAUUAAUGAUGAACCUACAAAUCAAUUGAAGCUUGAAGAUGUAGAACUAUUUCUUCAAAAAUCAGUACCAUCGAGCCCACCAGUUCCCGAUAUAUCACCUACAACAAGGCCACCAGAACAAGCCAGUCCUGUUAUGUCUAUUGAAAAUGGUGUUAUAAAGGGUGUUAAAAAGGAAGUUGACGGUGACAAAGUUACUACUACACAAUCAAAAACAUCUCUUGCUGCUGAUAUCCAUCUCACAAAUUCUAUAUUCAAAGUUGUGAAUGAGAAUUCGCAAAAUAUGUUAAAAUUUGAUGAAAAUAUUCAACUUUUACUUGACAACCAGGGCAGAUUGAAACCAAAUGUUAAAACAAAACCAAAUUUUGUAAUUUCAUCUGAGACUACAAAUGGUAAAAUUGCUAUUACGCCAGUUACUUUAAAUAAACACUACCAAGUCACAAACCAUAAUAGUUACCAUAUAAAGGCACAUUCACCAAAAAGUAUAGUUAUCAAUCCCAAUUUAGAUGUUAAUAAUAAAAGUAACAAUACAAACAAUGUCCAAGGAGAUGACCCAGAACUUCCUUUUAUAGAUUUCUCAAAGCUCACCGACAUUGAGAUCAGGGCUAUCAAAAAACAACAAAGAAUGAUCAAAAAUAGGGAAUCAGCAUGUCAAUCACGACAAAAGAAGAAAGAAUAUGUGACAGCUUUAGAAAACCAACUAUUAGAAGCACAUCAAGAAAUAAGAAGAUUACAAAUAGAGAAUAAACAAUUAAGGGAACAGCUCAUAUUAAAUGGGAGAAGUAGAAAGAUACCAAAGCUUGAUUCAACAAUCUCAAUACCUAAAAGGAAUAUUGCUGUUAUAUUUGCAAUGGUAUUCAUGGUGUCCUUAAAUUUCAAUAUUUUAGGAUGGAAUUCAAGAUCAUUUUCUGGACAGACAUCCAUGCAUGUUAAUUCAAGACACCUUUUAUGGUCAGAGGAUAAUAAGGACAUAGUCACAGAUGACUAUGACCAGUAUCUCAACCGUAGCAAUGAAGGCAUGGACUGCAGGAACACAACAUUAAGUGAUUUUCUUAAGAUUAAUCAGACGGAGAGUAUAAGGAUAGCUGGUGAACUGAAAAGGUGGAUAGGUGGAGGAAAAACUUUAAACUUAACAAAGGCACUGAAAAAACAUAAGGUCUACUUAAAUGAACAGCAUAUUUCAGGAGGAUUUUUGGACAGCUAUGAAUUAUUCAGCAAAUUAAAUCUACACAAUUUAAUCGACAUUCCCAUUACAAGUAAACAAACAAGGAAUGCUAGAGAAAAGUCACGUUUAAGGAAAUUAAGGAGGCAUACAUCGAAAGAUAUAGAUUUCGCUGAUAGUUCAUUAUACUAUGAAAAAUUGUAUAACAAACCUAUUAGAAAAUCGGUGGAUUUUAAUUUGGAUGAUUUUGGUGAAUGGAACGCGUUGCUUCAAGCUCUCCAUAGACGGGAUGACACAUUCUAUAUAGUAGGCGUGGGGAAGGGAGAGCAUUUAUUGUUACCGGCAGUCACUCAUAACGUCACUCGUCCCCCCAAGAUGGCGUUAAUAUUACCCGCACGUUCCGGAAAUGAUUCAUUGAUGAAUGGUCAUGUAACACUCAUGCAGAUUGAUUGUUCAGUCGUCAACACAACCCUAGUCAAACUGAAAUCGGAAGCGUUGCCUGAGAGUUUAAGGAAAGUUAAUUUCGAUGGGAAUCCCUCAAUUGAUACGAAACCAGAAAAUGCAAAAAUACAGAGAUUCAAAGUUGAUACUAGUCAAGAAGAUGUACAUAAUAAUAGUUUAGAUUAUAGAAAACCAUAUUUAAAUGUCGAUAAAAAUGAUUUGUUUACGCAGUAUUUGCUAUCGAAGUCGAACAUAAAAAAUAGUUCUAAUGAAAUAAAAUAUUCGGAAAAAAAUGAUUUUAGAGAUAGUAAGAAAUCUGAUAAUGAAAGAUAA